AUGAAGAUCACCAGUGCCUUGGAUGCAAAUUUGAAUGCGAAUGCUCGCAUGGACCGUUUGUGUUCGAUUUCCUAUUUGCAGUUGUUUGCAUGCAGUCAGUAUACUGCUUCUGCCCGAUCAGGAAAGAUCAUGUUGAUCAGGCAGCCGAUGGCCCAGAUGUCCAAGAUUCCCAAGCUGCUGCAGAAGCAUCUCGCCAGCGCAUAUCGAAAGGAUGAGUUGCAUGAUGAUUUCAUUCCUGACUUCCCGUCUUGGGAUGCAUGGGAUGAUGGUGCACCAUGGGAACCCAGUAUCUUUGACUAUGCUUUGGGUGAAGACUUCGACCCUACUUUGUUCGAGCAACUUGAGUCUACCGAAUGGACUUCGCAAUGUGAUGAUUUGUGGGAAUCUUGGCCAGGUGCUUCUGAUGAUAAGGAUGUCGAAGUAGCGAAGGAUCUUCACCCUGAGUUCAUGGAUGCAGACGGUGAUGUAUACGAUGAAAUCGCUGAACCCAUUCCCUACUCCCAAGGAGAUGUGGAUGAUGAGCAGCCCAGCUCUGACAAUGAAGAUGACGAUCCUGAUGCUAUCUUGAGGAAGAAGACGCUCACCUUGGAUGAGUGCCAUGAUGAAGCUCCCCUUGGCCAGGACAAGACGGACCUUCCAGAGGAUCCAGAAGCCAUCCUUGACGAACUUGAAGCGAAUCUGAAGAUGCUGAAGAAGGUCGAUUGUGAGCUGACUACACCUCCUUCCAGGCCAAAGAGCUACCCAGCUGUGACGCCCUAUGCAAAGAUCCAACUGGCAGCCAGCAAGCGUGCAGCUGCUGCAGCGCGCGAGGACAAAAAGGGCAAGAAGGAUGAGGAGGAAGGCGAGCCCGAAGCCAAAGUGGCAUCGAAAGCAAGGGCAGCAAAGGUCAAGAAGGAAAAAACGGAAUCUGGCAAAGCCAAGUCAAAGAAUCAAAGCAAGAAGAAGUCUGAAAUCAUCGAUGCCAAGCCGAAGAAAGCACGUACCGAUACCGAGUACGGUGUUGCGAAGAAAGCGUUUGCAGCAAAGUACGAACGUGUCAAAGGAUGGAAGCCGAAGAUGGAAGCAGACUGGCUGACGUCCCAGGAGAGAGCGGCCAUCCUGAAGGCCUUGCAAGUUCGACCGAAACCAAAGCCUACUGCAAAAGCUGGGGCUGUGGAACAGGGGCCACCGGUGGAAUCUCACCCCAAGCAACGUACCAGGCUGCUGUCAGGCGACCUGUCAUCAGGCAAUCUGCCAGCAGGAGCCACACUUCCAGGUAAGCUACAGCAGGCAUCACAAUCUACUCUCUGCUAUCGGGCUUUUGGUGGCCUUUCAAUGCCUGCGCAGAAUGGCGUCGAAAACAGGAAGCCAACGAUGCUGAUAUCCACAGCUGAUUGGAUGCGUGAGCUGGAUGGAGUAUACACCUUGACGCCACAAAGGGAAGAGAUGGCGAAGAUUGCCAAAUACAGUGCGAAGCUGGUCCGACGCUACAAAGAUUCCAGUGGGCGCACGCGUGUGGUUGGGAACAAGGCUGCUCUACGCCAGUCCCAGGUCUACCCUAUGUGCUUCGCCUACAAAGUGGCAGGAUUGCAAAUGAGCCACAUCAAGGGCAUGAAGCCUAGGGUCCUCAGUGAUCAGGGUCUGACGUUUAAAGACUGUUCCCCACUGAGCUCCGAUUCGGAGAUGGGAGACCUCGUGGCUCGGUCGAUCUCUCUGGCCUGCAUAUCAGUGCAAGGGGAAGCAAAGAGGCUAGACAUUCUCGAUACUAAGGAGCGGAAGAAAAGCAAAGAAACCCAAAGGGCCGAGGAGCUUGAAGGGAAGGCGAGAUCAAAAGGUAAAGCAAUGGCAAUGGCAUGGCUGGCUCAUGCCAAAGGAGUUCGAAAAGGAAAAGGAAAGGGAUCUACUCCUAGUGGCGCUAGCAAAGGAAAUGGCAAGCUUGCCGUAGAGGAUGCUCAUGAAGAGGGAGAGAACCAGGAACUUGCGGGAAAGCUGUCCGUGGGUAAAAGGUUCAAGUCUGGCAAAGCCAAAGAAGCUGCUGCGCCGGAAAGCCUGAAGAAAAGCGAGGAUGAACCGAAGGAAAAGAAGAAAGACUUAAGUGGAGAAGAAUGUGAACCGAAGAAGAAGAAGAAAAAUAAGAAUGAUGAAGAAGUGAAGAAGAACAAUGACAAUACUGGAGAAGGAACUGAAGAACGGAAAGGAAAGAACACAGGCAAGAAUGGAGCUGAAGACAAGAAUGGAGAAGAAGCCAAUGCAGCGAAAAAGAGAAAGAACAAAAACAACAAUGAAGAAGGAAAUGAAGAGCCGUUGACGGUGAAGAAGAAAAGUAAGAGAGCAAAAGAACCUUCGGAUGGCACUCCGGAAGCUGAGGACAAAGAUGAAAGUGCACCUGAAAUUUCGGCUGCAGACAAAAAGAAAAGGAAGAAUGACAUGGCGCGUGCACUUAGGGUACCUACAAAAGCAUUCGAGGAGUGUGGUGAUGAAGGAGAAGAAGAAGCCAAUUUGAAGAAGAAACCUUCGAAGGCCACUUGGACAGAGGAACCCGAGAAACCGAAGAAAAUGCAGGGGAAAGUUGGGCAUCCCUUGGUCCGCUUGAGAACCAAGACCUCCGAGGAGUCAUUGGAUAGCAGGCAUGUGACUCCGGACCGUCCGACAACCAAACCUGCUUCACCUGGCCAGAUAUUUGCAGCAUAUGCCAAAGAUUGCAUCGAGAUCAUGUUGCCCACCAUUCGAUCCACUAUCCUCAGUUGCUGCUUCAAUCUGCAGAUUCCCAAAUUGGUGGGACACCUAAGUGAUGAUGCCAAAGAGAAAAUUCAAAGUCUGUGUCAGCGAGAUGUUCCUUUGAAGGAACGAAGGUCUUGGUACAAUGCCAUGGGCCGUCGUUUUGAGAAGCCAGCUGGCUUAAAGCCCGGCUUACUAGAGAAGUACCAACAAUGUCAGGGAAAGAUCUUGAAGUUGAAGCUGAGUACAUUCAGCCUGCUGGCAGAAUCCAGCAGGCAUGAGAUCUAUGAGGAGCUCCCGCUUUUCGAAAUCGAGCAAAAAUGGGGAGGCACUGAAGCUGGAAAGAAUCUUGCUGGUGGAGAAGCUGCACAAGCAAAGACGCGUGUGAGUGCACGUGGACAUGUUGACAGUGAAACAGGAAAGAAAGCCAUUGGUGAAAUGCUUGACAAUGGCUUGGCAAAUCUGAAGUCAUCCAUGCAAACCCCCAAAGCAAAGGCAAAGGCCAAAGCGAAAGCCAAAGCGGCGUCCCAAAAGAAGGGCCAAGGCGAGGCUGACAAGGCAAACAAGGAACUCCAGAAAGAUAUCAAAGCGUUGCGCGAAAAAAGUUCCAAAGCCAGGGAGCUUGCGGUGCAAUUGAAUGAGCUCCAGAUUCCUCACCAGCAGGCCAUGGCUGAAAAUUUGCAGAAGCGGCACACGUUGUUGCGAGAUGUGGCUGAGAGGAUGGAAGAGGGCAUCUUCAAGCACUACAGCGUUGAGAAGAUCAAGGAGAUCAAGGAAGGAUAUGAAAAGAAAAUCGAGGAAGCACUUGAUGAUCUGGAGAAUGCGCAGUCAACCAUCCGUCGGGAACGAAAGAAGAAAAAAGAGCAGCAGGCGAAGAGCAAGAAGCUUUCCCCGGGCUCUAAUGCAACUGAACUCGAUCCAGAGGAUGAAGAAGAAGAUGAAUACUGGGAGGAGGAUGAGCUCGAUGGGGAGCCAUGGGAUGAAGGCGACGUCUUCACAGCCAUCAAUCUGUGGUGGCUGAAUUGGUGGAGGUUUGAAGUAUCUCCAGCUCCUGUGCGAGAAAGAUAUGCCCGACGGAUUGGUGCUCCGUUGCCAGUGCAGCAAUAUGUAUUGCUACCUCACGACAUCGCAGCGUCCAUGUACAACUUCAAUGGAGGACAAGGUGUUCAUCCCAGUCGUGACCCAUGGGGUGCAGAGUUUGGAGCGAGCUACGAGCCCAAGCGGGCUGAAAUGGCUGGAACUCUUAUUGCUGGCGGUUGGAAAUUUGUGCUUGAUGGGUUUCAGGGUGAUCAAGACUUCAUCGAAGUUAUCGACACAAAGAAUGCUGCUUCUUGUGUCGAGCUUUGGCCUAUGCGGGCGCUGAUCACAGCGAAGACCACCCCGACCUCUAUUCUCACUGGGGCCGAGGCCAACAUCUUUGCAGGGAAUUCCCGUGAUGCGCGCUUAGAAAAAUUGUACUUCAAGUACGUCACAUGGUGUCGGGAAACUGGUCCCUAA